CUUCCAGUCACUGUGAAAUGUUAAAACGAGGCUCACUGUUUCCUGUAAAUGACCAUGAAAAAAAGAUAACGUAUUUAAUCCACUGGGUAAAACAAUGACCAAAUAAUUUUUGCCAAUACAGCAAGAUGAUGAACAGAUUUAGUAUUCAGUGUGAGUAGAGAGGCAGAGGGGAAAAAUCAAAGGACUCAAAGGAAUUUAUUGAGUAAUGCAAACAUUCUCAUGUGUGGAGACAUUCUAACGCAGCGGGGAACUGAAGUCCAUGUGUGAGGCAGGCUGCUUGCAUGGUGAAAAACAAAACACCACCACCCCCUCCCCUCUCCCUGUCUGCCCGCCCCCCCCCUCGCUCCAUUGACAUGCAUAGCUGGCCUGGUAGGUGUAAAAAUAGACUGGCAGUGCCUGAACUGGAAAUGGUCCCUCAAGGCAGCACUGCAGUUGCUGGGGUUUUGAGUUCUCUCUGACACCGGCCAGCAAAUGGGGGGGACGGGUAAGGGGCGUGCGGAGGAUCCCCGCAGAGGGGCUCAGGGUCCUCUGGAUGGACCCUCCAUGCUCGUGUCACCUCUGGGAUCUCAGGACUGAGCGCAGAGGGCGAGGACGGGGCCGUACACAGCAGGCUCAGUGAAAGUUGAGAUGGGAAAUGCGGCGCUCUGCUCCUCUUGCCACGCGGAUAAAAGUGUCAGAGCCCAAGGAAACAUGCAGGAACUGGGUAGAACUCCAGACUACUAUGGCUGUCACAGCGAGGAGGCCAGAGAACCUGCGGUACAGUCUGACAGCAAUGCGAGCUUCCUUCGUGCUGCCAGAGCGGGCAACCUGGACAAGGUUGUGGAAUACUUGAAGGGUGGGAUAGACAUCAAUACCUGCAACCAGAAUGGACUCAACGCUCUCCAUCUGGCUGCCAAGGAAGGCCACGUGGGGCUGGUUCAGGAGCUGCUGGGCAGAGGUUCCUCGGUGGAUUCUGCCACGAAGAAGGGAAACACUGCUCUUCACAUUGCAUCUCUGGCUGGACAGGCGGAGGUUGUCAAAGUCCUUGUUAAGGAAGGGGCCAACAUAAAUGCUCAGUCUCAGAAUGGCUUUACCCCUUUAUACAUGGCUGCCCAGGAGAAUCACAUUGAUGUGGUCAAAUACUUGCUGGAAAAUGGAGCCAACCAGAGCACUGCUACAGAGGAUGGCUUUACCCCUCUGGCAGUGGCCCUUCAACAAGGACAUAACCAGGCAGUGGCCAUCCUCUUGGAGAAUGACACCAAAGGGAAAGUGCGGCUGCCUGCUCUGCACAUCGCAGCCAGGAAAGACGACACCAAGUCUGCAGCUCUCCUGCUUCAAAACGACCACAAUGCAGACGUACAGUCCAAGAGUGGUUUUACCCCUCUGCACAUUGCCGCACACUAUGGAAAUGUCAACGUGGCCACUCUUCUUCUCAAUCGAGGAGCUGCUGUGGACUUCACAGCCAGGAAUGGAAUCACACCGCUGCAUGUGGCUUCUAAACGGGGAAACACAAAUAUGGUGAAGCUGCUACUGGACCGAGGUGGUCAGAUUGAUGCCAAAACUAGGGAUGGGUUGACGCCCCUUCACUGUGCUGCGCGAAGUGGGCAUGACCAGGUGGUGGAGCUCUUGCUGGAGCGAGGAGCACCCUUGCUGGCCAGGACCAAGAAUGGGCUGUCUCCACUUCACAUGGCUGCCCAGGGGGAUCAUGUCGAAUGUGUGAAGCACCUGCUACAGCACAAGGCGCCUGUUGAUGAUGUCACCUUGGAUUACCUGACGGCCCUCCAUGUUGCUGCACACUGUGGCCACUACCGUGUAACCAAACUCCUUCUGGACAAGAGAGCCAAUCCGAACGCCAGAGCCCUGAAUGGUUUUACUCCACUGCAUAUUGCCUGCAAGAAAAACCGCAUCAAAGUCAUGGAACUUCUCGUGAAAUAUGGGGCUUCCAUCCAAGCUAUCACAGAGUCUGGCCUCACACCAAUACAUGUGGCGGCCUUCAUGGGCCACUUGAACAUUGUCCUCCUUCUGCUGCAGAACGGAGCCUCUCCAGAUGUCACUAACAUUCGUGGUGAGACGGCAUUGCACAUGGCGGCGCGGGCAGGGCAGGUGGAAGUGGUCCGCUGCCUCCUGAGAAACGGUGCCCUGGUGGAUGCCAGAGCCAGGGAGGAGCAGACGCCUCUGCACAUCGCCUCCCGCCUGGGCAAGACGGAGAUCGUCCAGCUGCUCCUGCAGCACAUGGCCCACCCGGACGCGGCCACCACCAACGGGUACACGCCGCUGCACAUCUCUGCCCGCGAGGGCCAGCUGGACGUGGCUUCCGUCCUCCUGGAGGCGGGUGCUGCGCACUCCCUGGCCACCAAGAAGGGCUUCACUCCCCUGCAUGUCGCAGCCAAGUAUGGAAGCCUGGAUGUGGCAAAACUCCUCUUGCAACGCCGUGCUGCUGCAGACUCUGCCGGAAAGAAUGGCCUUACCCCGCUCCAUGUCGCUGCUCACUAUGACAACCAGAAGGUGGCGCUGCUGCUCCUGGAGAAGGGUGCGUCUCCCCACGCCACUGCCAAGAAUGGUUACACCCCUUUACACAUUGCUGCCAAGAAGAAUCAGAUGCAGAUCGCAUCCACACUCCUGAAUUAUGGAGCCGAGACGAACAUUGUGACGAAGCAGGGAGUGACUCCACUCCACCUGGCCUCACAGGAGGGCCACGCGGACAUGGUCACAUUGCUUCUGGAUAAGGGAGCCAACAUCCACAUGUCAACCAAGAGUGGCCUCACAUCCUUACACCUUGCAGCACAAGAAGAUAAAGUCAAUGUCGCCGACAUUCUUACCAAGCACGGGGCUGACCAAGAUGCUCAUACAAAGCUUGGUUACACUCCUUUAAUUGUGGCCUGUCACUAUGGCAAUGUGAAGAUGGUCAACUUCCUUCUGAAGCAAGGGGCAAAUGUGAAUGCAAAAACCAAGAAUGGCUACACACCUUUGCACCAGGCUGCCCAGCAAGGCCACACACACAUCAUCAAUGUCCUGCUCCAGCAUGGAGCCAAGCCCAAUGCCAUCACCGCGAAUGGUAACACUGCCUUGGCGAUUGCGAAGCGCCUGGGCUACAUCUCUGUGGUCGAUACCCUGAAGGUGGUGACGGAAGAAGUGACCACUACCACCACGACUAUCACUGAAAAACACAAGCUUAAUGUUCCUGAGACAAUGACUGAGGUCCUGGAUGUGUCUGAUGAGGAAGGUGAUGACACGAUGACAGGGGAUGGUGGGGAAUACCUGAGGCCCGAAGAUCUCAAAGAACUCGGUGAUGACUCCCUGCCCAGCAGCCAGUUCCUGGACGGCAUGAAUUACCUGCGCUAUAGCUUGGAGGGGGGACGAUCUGACAGCCUUCGAUCCUUCAGUUCCGACAGGUCUCACACUCUCAGCCACGCGUCCUACCUGAGAGAUAGUGCCAUGAUCGAAGACACAGUUGUGAUUCCCAGUCACCAGGUGUCAACUCUAGCCAAGGAGGUAGAAAGGAAUUCUUAUCGUCUGAGCUGGGGCACUGAGAACUUAGACAACGUGGCUCUUUCUUCCAGCCCUAUUCAUUCUGGCCGUACCUCUCCAUGUCUUGAUCGUGACAACAGCAGUUUCCUGGUUAGUUUUAUGGUGGAUGCCCGCGGAGGUGCUAUGAGAGGCUGCAGACAUAACGGGCUGCGAAUCAUUAUUCCACCUCGGAAGUGCACAGCUCCAACACGAGUCACCUGCCGGCUCGUGAAACGCCACAGACUGGCAACAAUGCCACCGAUGGUGGAAGGGGAAGGCCUGGCCAGCCGCCUGAUUGAAGUUGGACCCUCUGGUGCUCAGUUCCUUGGUAAACUCCACCUGCCAACGGCUCCUCCCCCACUUAAUGAGGGAGAAAGUUUGGUCAGCCGCAUCCUUCAGCUGGGGCCUCCUGGAACCAAAUUCCUUGGGCCUGUGAUUGUGGAGAUCCCGCACUUUGCCGCCCUUCGAGGGAAGGAGAGGGAGCUCGUGGUCCUGCGCAGCGAGAAUGGGGACAACUGGAAAGAGCAUUUCUGUGACUACACUGAAGAUGAGCUGAAUGAAAUUCUCAAUGGCAUGGAUGAAGUGCUGGAUAGCCCGGAAGACCUUGAGAAGAAGCGAAUCUGCCGCAUCAUCACCCGUGACUUCCCGCAGUAUUUUGCCGUGGUGUCUCGCAUCAAGCAGGACAGCAACCUGAUUGGCCCGGAGGGAGGCGUGCUGAGCAGCACCGUGGUGCCCCAAGUGCAGGCUGUGUUCCCAGAGGGGGCUCUGACCAAACGCAUCCGAGUGGGCCUCCAGGCUCAGCCCAUGCACAAUGAGCUCAUUAAGAAGAUCCUAGGAAACAAAGCUACCUUCAGCCCCAUCGUCACUCUGGAACCUAGAAGAAGAAAAUUCCAUAAGCCAAUCACCAUGACCAUUCCAGUCCCCAAAGCUUCAAGUGACGUUAUGCUGAAUGGUUUUGGGGGAGAUGCACCAACCUUAAGAUUGCUAUGCAGUAUCACGGGCGGAACCACCCCUGCGCAGUGGGAAGACAUCACAGGAACCACGCCACUCACCUUUGUCAAUGAAUGUGUUUCCUUCACCACCAACGUGUCUGCCAGGUUCUGGCUGAUUGAUUGUCGACAGAUCCAAGAAUCUGUUACUUUUGCAUCACAAGUAUAUAGAGAAAUUAUUUGUGUACCUUAUAUGGCCAAAUUUGUAGUGUUUGCCAAAUCCCAUGACCCCAUUGAAGCCAGGUUGAGAUGUUUCUGCAUGACUGAUGAUAAGGUGGACAAGACCCUUGAACAACAAGAAAACUUCUCCGAGGUGGCCAGGAGCAGGGAUGUAGAGGUACUAGAAGGAAAACCUAUCUACGUUGACUGUUUUGGCAACCUAGUGCCACUAACCAAGAGCGGCCAACACCAUAUAUUCAGUUUUUUUGCCUUCAAAGAAAAUAGGCUUCCUCUCUUUGUCAAGGUGCGUGACACAACUCAGGAACCUUGCGGGCGACUAUCAUUUAUGAAGGAACCAAAAUCCACAAGAGGUCUGGUGCACCAAGCUAUUUGCAACUUAAACAUCACCCUUCCAAUUUAUACAAAGGAAUCAGAGUCAGAUCAAGAGCAGGAGGAAGAGAUCGAUAUGACAUCAGAAAAAAAUGAUGAGACAGAAUCUACAGAAACAUCUGUGCUGAAAAGUCACCUGGUUAAUGAAGUUCCUGUGCUAGCAAGUCCGGACUUGCUCUCGGAAGUUUCUGAGAUGAAACAAGACUUGAUCAAAAUGACCGCCAUCUUGACCACAGAUGUGUCCGAUAAGGCAGGUUCCCUUAAAGUGAAGGAGCUGGAGAAGGCAGCUGAGGACGAGCCUGGAGAGCCCUUUGAAAUUGUGGAGAGAGUGAAAGAGGACUUAGAGAAAGUAAAUGAGAUCCUGAGAAGUGGAACCUGCAUGAGAGAUGAAGGCAGAGGGCAGAGUUCUCAGGCUGAGCAAGAACUAGUGGAAGAGGAAUGGGUGAUUGUCAGUGAGGAGGAAAUAGAAGAAGCUAAGCUAAAAGCCCCUUUAGAAAUUACUGAAUAUCCUUGUGUAGAAGUUAGAAUAGGCCAAGAGACCAAAGUGAAAGCAGAGAAAGACUCAGCUGGGCUGGUGAACUAUCUUACUGAGGACCUCAAUUCAUAUGUGCCACCUCCUAGGGAAAAGUCAGUUCAAGACACAUCAGGGAAGACUACUGAGGGUCCAUCUGCUGGCAAGGGCUCUGAUCAUGAAAAGAAAGGUACCCCCUCAGGGGAUAAACAGAGUACGCUUAAACAGGUCAAAGCAAGCCUGGGAAUCAAGAAGCCCAUGAGAAGAAAAUUAAAAGAAAAGCCCAAACCAAAAGAAGAAAGUUCACAAGCCAGUGAAGAAAAACCUGAUCUUAAAAAAUGUAGUUCUGAGGAGUCAGUGGAUGAAGACUCAGGGUUAGCCCCUGAACCUCUGGCCACGGUCAAGGCCACAUCUCCUCUGAUAGAAGAAACUCCCAUUGGUUCCAUCAAGGACAAAGUGAAGGCCCUCCAGAAGCGAGUAGAAGACGAACAGAAAGGGCGAAGCAAGCUGCCCAUCAGAGUCAAAGGCAAAGAGGAUGUUCCCAAAAAGACCCCUCUCAGGACACAUCCACCUGCUUCGUCCUCUUCUUUGAAGUCUGACAGGCAUGUGCCCUCAUCGCCCUCCUCUAAAGCAGAAAGGCAUUCCUCUCUCUCCUCUGCAAAACCAGAAAGGCACACUCCAGUGUCACCCUCCAGUAAAUCUGAGAAACACUCACCUGUAUCUCCCUCUGCCAAGCCAGAAAGACAUUCACCUGUGUUGCCAAGUAAACCUGAGAAACACUCACCUGGGUCACCUUCAACAAAAACAGAAAGACAUUCCCCCGUGUCGUCAUCAAAAGCAGAACGACAUGCGCCAGCUUCACCUUCAGGGAAAACAGACAAACGGCCCCCUGUAUCACCUUCCAGUAGACCAGAGAAACAUCCCCCAGUGUCACCUGGGAGAACAGAAAAACGCCUGCCUGUGUCCCCUUCUGGAAGAACGGAAAAGCACUCGCCCGCGUCAACCUCUGGGAAAAGUGACAGGCACCUACCUGUGUCACCCUCUGGGAAAACAGAAAAGCAGCCGCCUGUAUCACCCACCUCCAAAACAGAAAGAAUUGAGGAAACUAUGUCUGUUCGAGAGCUGAUGAAAGCUUUCCAGUCAGGCCAAGACCCAUCGAAACAUAAAACUGGACUCUUUGAGCACAAGUCAGUAAAACAAAAGCAGUCCCAGGAAAAAGGUAAAAGUCGGGUAGAAAGUAACAAGGCAAUAACCCAAAGAGACAUACAGAGGACAGAGUCAAUCAAACGUGGCCAGAAAUUCCUGGUAACCGGUACUCCAGAAUCCAGAAGAAAGAUCCAUGCUAUCUCCCUAGGGUUGAAGAGAGAAGAAGCUGUUGGAGAGAAGGAGAAAGCUGCCAACCACAAAACCCCUGAACCUGUCCAGCCAGCGCCUGAAGAAGAAAAACAGCCAGAGACAGAAAUCUCCAAAGAAAAGAUAGCUGAGGAGCAGGGAGACAUGGAUCUCCAGAUCAGCCCCAACAGGAAAACCUCCACGGACUUUUCUGAAGUCAUUAAGCAAGAGUUAGAAAACAAUGACAAAUAUCAGCAAUUCUGCCUGAGCCAAGAGACUGAAAAAGCUCAAUUGCAAUUAGACCAAGUCCUCACCAGUCCUUUUAACACCACCUUCCCCUUAGAUUAUAUGAAAGAUGACCUUCUCCCUGCUCUCUCUUUACAGAGUGGUGCUUUGGAGGGCAGUGCUGAGGGCCUGAAGCCGGAAGGGCUAGCACCCUCUCCUUGCGGCAGCCUGAUGGAGGGGACCCCUCAGGUUAGUUCAGAAGAGAGCUAUAAACACGAGGGCCUCGCAGAGACGCCUGAGACAAGCCCAGAAAGCCUUUCCUUCUCACUAAAGAAAAGUGAGGAACAAAUGGAGGAGACAAAGGGAACCACCCCAAAGCUAGAAAUACCCAUCAAAAUUCAUUCAGAGAAAGAACAUCCCACAACCAAAGACAUGGUGGAUGGUUUUGAAGAACAAGGUGCUGUGCUGGCUGAGGGUUCGGAGCCUUCUUCUGAAUGUUCUCGCAGGGCAGUUUCUCCAGAGGCUUCCCAGUCUGUGUCUCCUCAACAAGAAGGCAAUUGUGCUGGCAAUGCUAGAGUACUACAGGCAUUCCCUGAGGAUGCAUCAUCCUGUGGAGGUCAGCUCACACCCCAAAGUUCAGCUCACAAGGUGCAAGCAAAUCGUGAAGCUCAAGAAUCUACAACCACCUCAGAGGGGAUGGAGACCUCACCAUUGCCUGGUGCUUCUACAGAGACAGAGCAGGGCACGGGAUCAAAGCCCCAGGGGGUCAUUAGAAGUCCCCAGGGAUUAGAACUUGCCCUCCCUAGCCGAGACAGUGAUGUCCUCAGCCCCAUGGCUGACGAGUCCUUAGCCAUCAGCCACAAAGAUUCCCUGGAAGCCAGCCCUGUGUUAGAAGAUAACUCCUCACACAAAACUCCAGAUUCUCUAGAACCAAGUCCUCUGAAGGAAUCCCCUUGUCGGGACUCCCUGGAAAGCAGCCCCGUUGAACCAAAGACCAAGGCAGGCAUGCUGCCAAGUCACUUCCCUCUGCCCGCAGCUAUUUCCAAAGCAGAACUCAUGACAGAAGUGGCCACCAUGCGGUCCCGGCUCCUCCGAGACCCUGAUGGAAGUGCUGAGGAUGAUAGUCUUGAGCAGACAUCCCUCAUGGAGAGCUCAGGGAAGAGCCCCCUUUCCCCUGACACCCCCAGCUCUGAAGAAGUGAGCUAUGAGGUCACACCCAAAGCCACCGACACCACCACUGCCCCCAAGCCUGCUGCCAUUCAGGAGUGUGCCGAGGAGGAAGACACAGAAAAUGGAGAGAAAAAGAGGUUCACACCAGAAGAGGAAAUGUUCAAAAUGGUCACUAAAAUUAAGACGUUUGAUGAACUUGAACAAGAAGCUAAGCAGAAAAGGGACUAUAGAAAAGAACCCAAGCAAGAGGACUCUUCCUCAUCCUCUGACCCCGAUGGUGACUGUUCUGCUGACUGUUCAGUAGGCUUGGAGGAACCCAAACAGAUGGAGGGUGUGGAGAGCGAAAGGGAUGUCCCCGUUCUGGUGACCUCUGAGAGCAGAAAGGCUUCCUCCUCCUCUGAAAGUGAGCCCGAACUGACACAGCUAAACAAAAGUGCGGACUCAGGCCUUUUGUUAGAACCAGUUAUUCGAGUACAACCUCCUUCCCCACUUCCAUCCAGCAUCGACUCCAAUUCCAGUCCCGAAGAAGUUCAGUUCCAGCCUAUAGUUUCCAAGCAAUAUACCUUCAAGAUGAGCGAGGAGCUUCAGGAAGAGCCAAGUCACUCAGAAGAGAAAGAGAGUGAGGCCCAUUCAGCUGAGGAGAGACCUACAGUUUCCCCUGAGGAUGCAGUGAGGCCUUGUGAGGAAAUCUGUGAUGGUCAUGGGUGUGAGGCCACGAGUCCUAGCAACUUAGCAGGACCUGUCUCCUUGGGUCACCAGAGUUUGUCUGGUGAUAAUGCCUUUCAUAAAGACUCAACAUCUCCCCAAGACACACAGGGUAAUGACACAGGAGGAGGGGAACAUGAUGUUUCUGGAAUAGAAUCUCCACAAUUAGAUUGCCCCAGGGAAAGCUCUUCUUUGCUUCAUUGUCCAUUAUCUGAGGGGGAGAAGUUAGAUGAUGGCACCCCCUCUACCUCUUCCACUACAAAAGUGGGGGUCACAGAAACUGACCAAAGUUUGGAUAACAUAUCAAAAAACUGUUCUAUUCCAGACUCUUCUGUCACUACCCAAACAGAUAGGGUUUCCCCGGCUUCUCUAGCAGGUGAUCUAGCCGAGGCCGAUGAAAUCGCCGACCCUCAAAUUAUAAGCCCUUAUGAAAAUGUUCCCUCCCACUCUUUUUUCUCUAGUGAAGAAAGCAAAACCCAAACAGAUAUGAGUUACUCCACAACUUUUCAUACUUCUGAAGUGUUUUCUGCUACCGUGACAUUCUCUGAUGAGGAUGUAGAAGUGAUAAGCUCUUCAAAUCGGACUGUUUCAAGCGAACAAUGUAAUUCCAAGAGCCAGAACCUGGAAGGACCAUCCAAACAAGAAAGUACCUUGUGGGAAGGGCAGUCAAAUAAGGCCUCCUCGUCUCUAGAACCUACUCUAGAUAAGACACCCGAAGUCGCUGGUGAACAAAUAAGCAAAGUCAUUAUCACGAAAACGGAUGUGGAUGCUGAUUCCUGGAGUGAAAUUCGUGAAGAUGAUGAGGCCUUCGAAGCUCGAGUGAAAGAAGAAGAACAAAAGAUCUUCGGUUUAAUGGUAGACAGACAAUCACAAGGCACUACCCCUGAUACCACUCCUGCCAGGACCCCAACUGAAGAAGGGACCCCAACAAGUGAGCAAAAUCCAUUCCUCUUUCAGGAAGGGAAGUUGUUUGAGAUGACUCGCAGUGGUGCCAUUGAUAUGACCAAAAGGUCUUAUGCUGAUGAAAACUUUCACUUUUUCCAAAUUGGUCAAGAGGCUGGAGAAGAGACUCUUCCAGCAGAUAUGAACGAAGGGGCUACUGGGGCUGAGCCCCCACAGCUGGAAACAUCAGCCGAGUCACUAGCACUUUCAGAAGCAAAAGAAACCAUGGAUGAUGAAGCUGAAUUAGUUCCAGAUGACCAGAGUGAGGAGGCGGAGGAAAUCCCUGCUUCAGAUGCACUUGUUAGCUCCCAUGUGGAGAUUUCAGCUUCCUCUGAGAUAUCCACAAAAGAGGCUGACUGUACAGAGGCAGGGGACCUCCCCACCCUGCAAAUGGAGGCUGCACCUCCUUUGUCCAGUAUGAAACCAAUACCUUGCCCUGACUCCUUUCAGCCAGCUGUACCAAGUCACUUAGAUUUUUCCACAGUCACUAGGUCUGUAUAUUCAGAGAGAGAUGAUGAGUCUCCUGAUUCUUCUCCAGAGGAACAGAAAUCAGUGAUUGAAAUCCCCACAGCCCUCAUGGAGAAUGUGCCUUCAACCGAAAGCAAAUCCAAAAUUCCCACAAGGACUACACUCACCUCAAACCCAACACCUCUCCCCGCAGAGAAAGAGAGUGAAUUUUCUGAAGAGUCUACACCUGGUCUGAAUGAAGAAAGUAAGGAAGAUGAAGCAAAACCAAAGUCCAAAAUCCCGGUCAAAGCGUCCAUCCAAAGAGUGGAGCAGCAGCUCCCACAUUCAGAUUCAUCUUUGCAGAUGACAGUAACUUCUCAGGGACGGGAGGGAACAAGCAGGACCCCAGAUAACAGAAGCAAAUCUGAAUCGGAUGCUAGUCCUUUGGACUCAAAGACCAAAUGCCCAGUGAAAGCCAGAAGUUACAUUGAGACAGAGGCAGAGAGCAGAGAGAGGUCAGAGGAACUUGAGUUAGACUCAGAGGAAGGGGCCUCGAGAUCAAAGAUGUUUGCAUCCCGUUUGCCAGUUAAGAGCAGAAGCAGCACAGCUUCCUGCAAGGGAGGCAUGAGCCCUACAAAAGAAAGUAAGGAGCAUUUUUUUGACCUUUAUAGAAAUUCCAUAGAAUUCUUUGAGGAGAUUAGUGACGAGGCUUCCAAAUUAGUGGAUAGACUCACACAGUCAGAGAGGGAGCAGGAAUUAGUUUCAGAUGAUGAAAGUAGUAGUGCCUUGGAAGUUUCAGUUAUUGAAAAUCUGCCAGCCGUUGAGAGCGAGCAUUCAGUUCCUGAGGACAUCUUUGACACAAGGCCCAUUUGGGAUGAGUCCAUUGAGACUCUGAUUGAACGCAUCCCUGAUGACAAUGGCCAUGACCAUGCUGAAGAUCCACAGGAUGAGCAGGAGCGGAUUGAGGAGAGGCUGGCUUACAUUGCCGAUCACCUUGGCUUCAGCUGGACAGAAUUAGCAAGGGAACUGGAUUUCACCGAAGAGCAAAUUCAUCAAAUUCGAAUCGAGAACCCAAACUCCCUUCAGGACCAGAGCCAUGCACUGCUGAAGUACUGGCUGGAAAGGGAUGGGAAGCACGCCACAGAUACCAGCCUCAUUGACUGUCUCACCAAGAUCAACCGAAUGGAUAUUGUUCAUCUGAUGGAAACCAGCACAGAAACCCUGCAGGAGCGUGGCAGGCACAGCUAUGCAGAGAUCGAGCAGACAAUUACACUGGAUCAUAGUGAAGGUUUCUCAGUACUUCCAGAGGAGCUCUGCACUGCCCAGCACAAGCAGAAAGAAGAGCAAGCUGUAUCUAAAGAAAAUGAAUCUUAUGAUCACCCACCCAUCGUCUCUGAAGAGGACAUAUCUGGAGGCUAUUCCACUUUCCAGGAUUGCACCCCGAAAACUGAAGUGGACCACUCAGAAGCAGCUUCCUCUCCCCAAAUGCAUAAGGAACAAGUUCAACAAGAUUUCUCAGGGAAAAUGCAAGACCUGCCUGAAGAUCAGCAGGAAUACUUUGUAACCACUCCAGGAACAGAAGGGUCAGAGACUGAAAAGGCCACAGCAGUACCUGGCUCUCGUAGCAAGACUUCUGAAGAGAUGAGUGUCCCAUGUGAGGGGGAGAGACUGUACCUUCACACCCCAACUUCCAGCGAGCAGGGCUGCUCUCCCAUUGUGCAAGAACCGGAAGAGUGCCCUAAGCCCGGGGAGCAGAGCUCUCCACAGAAAAGCAGCCUGGUGAUAGAGGAGUCAGCCAUAGACCACGCACAGGCUUUUGCAAGGCACGACAGGGAUGCUGCUUUUGAAAAGGAACUAAUGGAGGAAUUAGGGGAGCUGGAGGUCAGCUCCGAUGAGGAGGCGAUAGUAACUACCAGGGUUGUCCGCCGAAGAGUGAUUAUUCAGGGAGAUGAUAUGCCUGACAUACCCCCAGAAACAGUCACAGAAGAGGAAUACACUGAUGAACAUGGACACACCGUCGUGAAGAAGGUCACUAGGAAAAUCAUUAGGCGGUAUGUAGCCUCUGAUGGCACAGAGAAAGAAGAGAUUACCAUGCAGGGGACACCCCAGGACCCCAUCAGCAUCGAGGAUGGGGAUGAAUAUUCCAAAGUUAUAAAACGUGUGGUGUUGAAGAGUGACACUGAGCAGUCAGAGGUCACUUUAUCUGAGCCCAGCAUUUUGUCCAGCACCUCACAAUUUCAGGCUGAACCAGUAGAAGGCCGUAGAGUCAGCAAAGUUGUUAAGACAACUAUGGUACGUGGAGAGAGGAUGGAGAAGCACCUAGGUGACUCUAGGCUAGCCACUGAUCUUCCUUCAGCCAAAGAUGACUUUGAAGAGGCUUUGAGUUACACAGGUAACCACAUGAAGGUCCACUUUCCCAGUUUAGUAGAGAAUGAGAUCUUGAAAGAGGAUGGAUCAAUAAUUAAAAGGACAACAAUGAGUAAGGCGAGUACGCAGAAGAGGGCUGUGGUGAAGGACCAGCGCGGGACACGCAUUGACCUGGAGCACCUGGAGGAUGUAGCAGAGGCAGGAGAGCAGGAUGACCUCCAGCGCGAUCUCCAGAAACUCCUGCGGCAUUUCUGCAAGGAGGACUCCAAGCAAGAGGCCCAAUGAAGGACUGCCCAGUUCUCACACCAGAAACCACACUCACUCAAUAUGCAAUUUUCCACUUCCUUAGAAGAAUGACCUAACUGGCCUAAUCAAUGGAAUUCCCCUGACAUUUCCACUGUUAGCAAAUAUAUAGCCUUUUGAUUUUUUUUCUUUCUUCUUCCCCAUACUCUUUAACUAUAAAGCUAAUUUGUGACCAAAGAUAGCAUCCUUCAUUCUGGAUGCUCUAGCCACUCACUACCUUGUGUGUCUGUGCUAUCCAGGGAACUGGCUGCCUCUGUUGUGCUUUGCUUCUGCAACCAGCUCCAUGGAAAUUCAUUGAUCAGAAGACUUCACCUGCAGAUCUCUUCAAAUAACAGAUAGAGGAAUCCUUCAGAGGGAUGUAUCUGUGUAUAAUGUAUAUAGCUGGAUGCUCAGAUCAACCACAUAUUAAAAUGAAAGCCACUGCCUAUCAUAACGUCACUGGGCAUCACGGAAUCAAAGGCCUCUAGGAAUGGCGGAACAAUGGUUAAUUAAGAUAUUGCUAACACAAUCAAAUGUUAAUACUGGCAAAAGAAGCACUUCAGACCUACCUACCAUGUCCUUACCACUUACAGAGUAACCAUUGCUCCUAAUUAAACAUGGGUUAAUAAUCUU